AUGGAACCAGAGCUGUCCAUUGCCACUCUCCUCAAGGCUGUCUCAACCCUCACAGCCAUGGUUGGGUCCCUGCAGGAUCAAAUCCAAAGCCAAGGUCAACAGCUCACAGAGCUCAAAGCCAUAUGCAAGGAAACUGCCAACCUACUUGGCAACAAAGACCAAGGGCAAGCCCAGCCUGGCCCAUCAACUGGGCCUAUCACUCCCCCUACCCACACAGGGGGAGAAGCCAACACUCCAGGAACGGUUAGGCCUGGACUCAAGGCCCCUUUUUGCCCCCCAAGAGGAGCAGGGUUUGAUUCAGAAGAGGAAGAAGAACAGAGGAUCCCCAAAAAAGAGCCUUGCAGCACGCCUAGGAGUUUAAGCUGCCUUACUCCCUUUGAUUGA